CUGCAAUGCUGAACGAGAUACUAAUGAAGGUUCUACCAACCGACGUCGUCAUCGAAUAUCAUCGACGAAAAUCCUUCAGCGGAGCUACAGAGCCACUGACGUCAGAAGGAGAUCUGGAGAUGACCUUAAAAUUUCUUCAGAUUGAAGUGGAAUGUCGAGAACGAAAAGGUACAAGAAGCUCCGCAGCUGUUCUACACAGUCGGGCGAAAGAGUCAGCAGACUGCCUUUUCUGCUCUUCCAGAAAACACUCGUCGGAAGAUUGCAACACGGAUGCAACGAUAGAUGCGAAAAAGAAGAAACUCUCCGACGACAUGAGAUGUCUUAAAUGUACCAUGAAGGGGCACAGAGCGCGAGAUUGCAGAAGGAGAAUCGUCUGCAAUACUUGCAAAGGCAGACAUGCUACAUCGAUGUGCGACCCACGCUGGCAACGAACUAAGGAGACGGAAUAA